CAUCAAGAGGUUGUGUGCAGGAAGGUUUUGUUAGAGGAUGCACUUUGUUUAGUUUUCACAGCGUACGUUUGGGUUUGCAAAGUUUUCUCAAGGAUUUCGAGACAACGUUUCAGAAACAGAUAUUCAUAAAACACUCUUAACUUGACUUAGAGAACCUGCGACAAUGCCCAACAGGUCGAAAUCGUCGAUGCUGAAGAGAACCCGGAGUCAGGAUUCACUCCGAGGAGUCUCUGAUCAUACUAAGAGCUGCAUGUGCCGCACUGUGCUCCCUAAAGACACUAAAACCAAGUCCCAUUGUGGCUGGUAUGACUUUGUUGACUACGAUCCAUGCAUUGAUUCAGAUAGCUUACUCAAUGAGAAACCUCUUGCUAAUUGGACACAGGUUGCGUAUGGAGAAGCAACUCAAGGCAAAGUUCUCCUCUCUGAGUAUCGAGCCUACGUCAGUGACGAGACCCUCAAGGGAUUCUGGACUGGUCUCAUUAUUUGGCAACGAGACCAAAAUGGCUUUGUUCAUUGUCCAUUCCCUGGCUGUUGCGUUAGUCUUACAGGAACCUCAGCUGUACACACACUUAUGAACCGACACUGGAAACACCAGCAUGCUCGCCCUUACCUCUGCAAUGUUUGCGGAUCCAGCUAUGCAACAGAUGGAGCCCUCAAAGUCCACUUCUUCCGAACCAGACAUAAUGUAAAUGGGCGAGGUCGUAGUGCAAUAAGAGCAAAUACAUUCAAAGGUCCCACUCUGCAGAGUUUCUCAGUCCAUCGACGGGAAGCAAUCACACGCUACAUACACAAAGUAGAAAAACUCAUGGAUGAUACACAAAAUUAUCAACAGGAAAUUGGGCCUUGAUUUAACAGGCUUAGAAUUUCAUCUUUAAAGCCAUUGGACCCUUUCGGUACAGCAAAAAAAAA